ACGAGCCUCAAAAAAAGCUCCUGAAAGGUUUUCAAAAACAUCGUUUCCCCAAUGAAGAUCUUGCACACUGCAAACAACUGAACAAGUCAAGUCAUUAGAGGCUGAAUCAACAAAUUUGUGAAGAAGACAUUUUUAAAGUAAAAAGAACAGGCCAAUCACAUACGGAUCGAUUCAAGAGAUUAGCAGCUGAAAAAUUUAAUUAAUGUGGCAAUAAAUGAUGGAAAUGCGAAGCUGACAUAGCCAAUGGCAUCUGUACGUUCUGCUGUGCCCACUGGGAAUUGUCCACCCGCACCCCACGCCCUCUCUCUCAUAUUCAUUCACUGCUUUGCCAAAUCACGUGUUUAACACCCUCCUCCAAUACCUAAUCUUCCUUCUUCCCAUCCACUCUGCUUCACUUUCUCGCUUGCCUGCAAUCAUCGUGUUUGAUUCCUGGGUUUUGGUUUUUUCUGCUCUGAACAUUUAUUUUUGUUGACUCUAGCAAAGGGAAAAAUGCCAGAAGGAAUAACAGCUGAGAAACUGUUAAACAUGAUGGAAACAUUUUCAGACAGUGUAUCAAAGCCAAGAUCUGGUGCAUUCUUUGAAGAGGACAAAUCAAGAGCUGUCAGUGAUAAAUUGAAUAGGCUGUUUGGGCGCCAGAAGCCUGUACACCAUGUUCUUGGGGGAGGCAAAUCGGCUGAUGUGCUACUAUGGAGGAACAAAAAAAUCUCAGCCAGUGUUUUGGCUUCUGCCACAAUUAUGUGGAUGCUGUUUGAAUGGCUUGACUAUCACCUCCUUACAUUUAUCUGCUUUGCUUUGAUUCUGGGAAUGUUUGUACAGUUUCUCUGGACUCAUACUUCUGGCCUGGUGACCAGGUCUCCAUCACAAGUUCCGCGUAUUGUUUUGCCAGAAGAAGUGUUUGUCGGCAUAGCGAAGAGCGUAGGGGCUGAAGUCAACCGUGGUUUGCGCUUCCUUCAAGACGUUGCCUGUGGCGGAACUCCCAAGCACUUCCUAGUUGCUGUGACAAGCUUGCUGGCAGCUGCUAUCAUUGGAAGCUGGUGCAACUUUCUGACUGUUGUCUACAUUGGUUUUUGUUGGAGCCCACACACUGCCAGUGCUCUAUGAAAGAUAUGAAGAUGAAGUGGACGGCUUUGUAUAUAGUGUGUUUGAGCAGCUGCACCACCAAUACAGGAAGCUUGAUUCUGGAGUUCUCAGCAGAAUCCCCAAAGCCAAACUCAAAUUGAAGAAGCACGAAUGAAGAACCCUAAAAAACGCUACACAUUGUUUGGGUUUUCGAUUAAUGAAUUGUAUCAUGCUGCUGAAUUAAUAUAAGGUUUUUUCAUUGAGAAUGUACAAACUAUGAUUUAGUCACUAAUUUUGUGCCUCUGAGAUUUUGUUUUGUUUCGUGAGACAUAAGGUAGUGUUUGGUUAUAACUUUCAAUUGAUUGCGAGACAUAAGGUAUUGUCUCGAUUUUAAUAUAAUGGACGCUGUUUUAUGAUAUAAUUUUUUUUCAAUUGAUCAUGAUUCGUGAGACA